AGGACUGGCGUUCUCCAUCUCCCAAUCAUCGCAAUCGUUUUCUAAACUCUAUCAUGGCGGCCGAUUCCACUCCGAGCAAGGCUGCUCUUUCUCUCCUCGACAACAUUGCGCAACUCAGCGAUGGCUUCAAGAAUGGGAGUCCUGGCGCGAGAGAAGGGUUGUUGGACGCGUGUAGGGGGCUCAUCGCGGAAGUCAGCAAUCCAUCUGAGAACAUGCUGCAAUUGUUAUGGGCGCAACCCGCACAUCUGAGCACACUUUGGAUGGGCACGGAAGUGAAGUUGUUUCAGGCCAUGAAAGACGUCCCGGAAUCUGGUGCUACUGUUGAAGACAUCGCGAAGAAGUGCGAAAAGAACGUUGACCCAAUUAUCGUUGGGCGCAUGCUUCGACAUCUCGCUGCUAUGGGCACAGUGCGCGAGACUGGUCCCGGUACCUUUGCAAACACUCCUACUUCUUCCGCAUUCGCCGAACAAUCGUAUCAAGACUCAAUACAAUAUAUCGCAGAGAACUUUGCGCCGGCGCAUCAAUCCAUGAAGUCAUACUUUGAUCAGCGUGACUGGAAAUGCCCCGACUCUAGUCUCGAUGCGCCAUUCCAGCAUGCCUACAACUGCAAGGGAACCCAUUACUUUGAAUUCUUCCAGAAAAACCCAGAAGUAGGACGGCGCUUCGCUAGUAUGAUGGACUCUUGGAGCAAGGGACGGCCGCGGUGGUUCUCCAAGGAUUACUACCCUGUCGAGGAUCGGCUGAUCAGCGAUGCCGAGAAGGAUGUGCCGUUCCUCGUUGACGUCGGCGGCGGUUCUGGGCACGAUAUUGAAGGCCUGAGGGAGGCGUUCGGAGGUCAGAUACCAGGUACGCUGGUGCUGCAAGAUAGGCCGGAGAUUGUUGAGCUUGCAAAACUUGGUCCUGGCGCGGAGGCGAUGGCACACGACUUCAUGACUGAGCAACCUGUGAAAGGUGCGCGGGCGUAUUAUCUACAUUCGAUCAUCCAGGACUGGAAUGAUGAGGUAAACACCGAAAUUCUCAAGGCAAUAGUGCCAGCCAUGAAGAAGGGGUAUUCCAAGGUCCUUGUGAACGAUUUUGUAGUCCCGAACCAAGGCGCGCAUUGGGCGCAGAGUGAGUCUUCCAAGUCAACGAUACGAUAUACGACUGACAUGUGAUAGCUUGUCUCGACUGGGAGCUCAUGGCCAGUCUUGGAGCUCGACACAGAACGGAAGAGGAGCACCGACAGAUGUACGAAGGUGCAGGCUUGAAGAUGACGGGUGUUUGGCGCCAUCCGCAUAGUCUUGACUCUAUUAUCGAGCUUGAGCUGGCAUGAGUAGUCGGUCCUGAGAUGGUAGCGCAGGUGCGACUGUGCUUGGAGUUUCGGUCGCUGUCACACCGUUCAAACGAUUUCGAUUUCUUGCUCUUUUCCCUCACCUGGAAACAUGUGCGAAUUGUACACUAGGUCGCUUGCAUUUGUCACGUUCUGAUGAUGUUUCGACGCUCUCGAGGAUUCAAGGUAAACACCAGUCCUUCGAAAGCGAUUCCUCGUAUUGAUGAUGGGACUCAAUACCAAACAAUGAUUCCAUAUUGUUUGUGCGCCA